AUGCAGCCAACGAUAAUCAACACAAGGGCAUCGAGAAUCAAUGCUGGCGUGGUUGGUUCUGUUACUCAGUCAACCGUGUCUUUCAUCCUUGUGGAAGAUGGCGGGCAUUACCAUAACGAACACGCUACCACCUCCCCCUUCGAUGGCGACCGGGACGUUACGAACGCAUCGACAUCGACAUCGCAAAGAACAUCAGGCUUUUUGACACCCUCAUUUUCAUCAUUGGAGGGGCUUGAACUGGUCCAGGGGCCCCAGAUGGCCCUCACUGGACCUGUAAGUUCCUCUGGGGAUGUCAGAAAUGCCAUCUCAGCUCUACAUCGAUCCACAGGCCUCGACUUUGAUUCACCGGACGAUCGAAAAGCUGUUUUAGUGCUGUUAUACUUCUGCCUGUACCGCGAGUUGGUCUCGAAAUGCGCCCAUGUUGUAUCGAUGCUUUGUCGCUUCUUGACCUUCAUUACGACCCCAGCGGCCAAUGUUCCUAUGAGCAUAUCGGACACUUUCAUCCUAAAGGAUUUUAUCGGAAGGGACUUACCUUUAAAUGUCAACAUCUUCAACAAGUGGAAGGUAGUGGAAGCUAUGCUCCAGUCUCGCUUCACGAUCGAUGUCCCAGGCUGUCGGAAAGUCCAGGCCGGCCAAUAUCGCGUCUUCAAUAUCGACAACGCAUCUGGAGCGGCCAUCGAUAUCAACAGCUGGGAGACAGACGUCGAGCCCAGGAAACGCUACCGUCUGGCUGUUGUCAUAUCUGGCGUCUAUCUAACGAAUCUACAGUGCACCGCUUGUGGUGAGCGCCUUAUAACCAUGGCUGAUGGAACAUUCUCGUGCCCUAAAAGUGACUGCGGCUUGUUUAUGAGGUCGCUUACCGCCAGCAGAAAGCCAUCCAAGCACCUUUGGGAACAGCGUGCGGUGGACAGGCUUCUGGUGCCGUCCAAGUCGAACUUCUUGACUUUGUUUGACUGUAGACGUGGGCAGUUUCGCACGAUGCUUUCCGACCCGAAAGAGGAGACCCCAUGGCCGACUACGGAGAGUCUAUUGGAGAGCCAAACUAAAGAUUCGCCAAGUGUACCCAAGCUUGAGAGUCCCGAAUCACAGUACCAGACACAGCAAGCAUCCCCUCCUGGUACACUACCACCCGAUGCGGAACCAACCACCGAGGGCGUUGCUGAACAGGCCGAGCCUGAUGAACCAUCGUCACAUCAGAGACAUGGCUGCGACAGUGUUGACGAGGCCGCCCAGGAAGAGACCGACAUGCCAAAAUUUCGUAGUAUCUGCAUCAAGCAAGAUAGCCGGUUAUAUGACGCUGUCGACGCAGGAAACGUCAAGGAGGUCAGCAAGCUCUUGCUCGAGGGGGUUCAGGUUGAUUCAAAUCCUGGUCCUCUUGGCACUGCCCUUAUGCCAGCCAUUCUCUCAAACCAACCCGAUCUUGUCAGGCUGCUUUUAGAGGCUCACGCAAAUCCAAUACUGCAAACUUGGAACGGCUACAGCCCCUUGUCGGUUGCGACAUGUCAUGCGAACAUCCAGGUUUUUGAACAUGUGCUAAAAGCCGCUAGUAAGAGAUCUCAGUAUUGGCCACAGGAGUUUCAACAAGCGGUUGACGUCUCAUUACGAGAGGCCACGCUUUCCCACAAGCUGGACAAGAGUCAUAAGAUCGCGUCAUUACUCCUCUUGGGUGCAAACCCGGUCGCCCGGGUGAGCAAUCGCAACCAAAGAGGGUGGAUCCCGACCGCCUUCGAGGUGGUUCUUGGGUAUGGCCAACAAUCCAGAGGUGCAAAUGCUCGUUCUCCUGAUGAGCUUUCAUUGCUGCGGAUAAGCAUCGCCACUGACUUUCUGGCUGAAAUAUGGGGAAGACAUCUUCUGAGCGAUUUAGAGGCAAGAAUGCUUGUUGAUGCAUUACAUGUCAAGCUAGGUGAGAUGAGGGGCGGGGCCAGCUGGCUCGUGAAAUGCGCUCUAAACUUUGAGAUAAACCGAGCGGGGAUAUUGGCCGACCAAGUUGCCCGGCGGCUAAAUGAGCGCUUGUUUUUCCAGGUCGACGUAAACCGCCUCGACUCAAUAUCUCCAUGGUCUCGUCAAGUUAUGUUGCCUGAAACGACAGCGGCUGAUGAAGUGGACGAAGCCAGAGGAUGGGUUGAAGAAGAGGAGGUAGAAGAUGAUGGUGACGUGACGGUUAUAAUAACCAAGCCUCUGUUCUAG